AUGUCUUCUGAGCUCGCUGCCACCUACGCCGCCCUCAUCCUCGCCGACGAGGGUGUUGAGAUCACCGGUGACAAGAUCACCGCCCUCACCCAGGCUGCCAACGUCGAGGUUGAGUCCGUCUGGGCCGGCCUCCUCGCCAAGGCUCUCGAGGGCAAGGACCUCAAGGAGCUCCUCACCAACGUCGGCGGUGGCGGUGCCCCCGUUGCCGGCGGUGCUGCCGCUGCCGGUGGCGCUGCUGGUGGCUCUGACGACGCCCCCGCUGAGGAGGCCAAGGAGGAGGAGAAGGAGGAGUCGGACGACGACAUGGGCUUCGGUCUCUUCGACUAA